AUGACUCUCGCAAAACCCGUCCACCUCCACCUCUUCCCGUGUUUGUGUCUCUCACUCUUGCUUCUCCAACAUGCAAACGCUUUGCCUCGCUCGUCCGUCUCUUCUUCUCCCUUCUUCGCGCGUCGUCCUUCCCUCCGCGUGUGGGAAGAGCUCGACGGGAGCGCUCCCCUUCGAGGAUGGCCCUCGCCGCGGACUGGGUUCUCUGCGUCGCUCUCUCCCGUUGUUUUCCCACCGACUUCUCUCCUUCACACACUUUCUCACCGCCCCACUCCCUCCUCACUCUUGUCUCCUCGCUUGUCGUCGCUUGCCUUCUCUUCUUCCCUUCCCCUCAGCUGUCGAGGUUUGCGGCCGGAAACGGCGGUUCCUCGGCAAGGCGGCCGGUCGUUCUCCGCUGUGGCUUUAACACGCGCAGCCACGUUCGCUCCACCGGGAACUCCUUCCGUUUCGCGUCUCGCUGCACACCUGUGGACGCUCUGUUCUCUCUCAGCUUCUUCUCUCCCAGGUUUCGUGCGGCCCUGGUUUCCCGCGGCUUCCCCUCAGGCGUCGACGGUGAGCCGCGACGCACGCGGCAGGUGUGGAGCCUCCCUGCUCUCUGCGGCUCCAUCCUCUCCAGCUUCUCUCCCUCUCCGUGUCUCAGAGUGCCUCAUCUCGCGGGGCAUCUUUCCACCUCCCUCUCUGCCUGAGGCCUCGUCUCGUCCCGUUCGCGUUCUCGCGGAGACUUCCUUCUCGGCCCUCGGCGAUUUAGGCUUUGUCAUGGCAGGUCCAGAGGACGCACGAGACGGAGACUCCGCCCCUCCCUUCUCGUCGGCGUCUCUAAGAGCUUCAACUCGGCCCAGCGCCAGGCGAGAGGCGUCGUCCGGUGUCUUCUCCACGCGGUGGGGAGACUCGUUUUCCUGCACAGACGCAGGCCACCCUGGAGACAGGCCUCUAGAUUGCUUCUCAGAAGGCGACGAGAGCGGGGAAGCGCCGCUGUCUCUUCGCUCGCGAUUUUCGGGAGGAGACACAUGGCUGGCAGGGGCGAGAGGCCUUGGCAGCUUGCAGAUGAAAGUGAAGGUUCCGACGCCGGCGCUGAAGCCGCGAACGCGGAAAUCGAUUGCGAAGCGAUUCAAAAUCACCGCGACUGGAAAGCUGUUGUACAGACACUCGGGGCGCCAGCACUUGAUGAGCUCAAAGAGCGGUCGGCGGAAACGGCGCCUGCGGAAAGUCUGCGUUCUGACGGGGGCGAUGGCGAGGAAGUAUCUCGCAUGCAUCCACACGCCGCGAGCUCGGGUCAAAAGGAGGAAAAAGCUUUCGCCUCCCGUCUACAAAAUGUAG